CACCACGUAUUAUAUAAGUUUCCAAGUUGACCAGUCAGCUUACAGUCGUUCGGCCAUUGCAUCCUGCACCCAGCCUACCCAGCCUUUCCGGAUGUAUCGCUGCAGCCAAGAACACGACUGAUAAACUGCCAACGCGUCACACCGUCCACGCUUUAUCUGCCAGACGGCAAUUUACCCCCCCCUUACAGCCUGAGCAAGCAGUCUCUCUCCCCGCAACUUCCCUGGUAAAUUUAUAAAGGACCUAAUGUCACUCCAUUUCGCCUAGAUUCGGAGAGACUUGGGUGAUCCAAUCCGGCAGCAAUUGCUAUGGUAAGUCGGGAUGAUCUUCCGAAGAAAGGCGACACGCAGCCAAGCACCCACGCCGCAGGUGCGAGGGAGAUCCCCAACGCUGAUUCGCAUCGUCAAACAGAUGCUAUCCCCAUCUAUAAGGCGGGGAGCUCCUCUUCCCUUCGGCUUUGUGGCCGAUGUUCUUUUCCAGAUCAUAAUCAGCGGCGAGGUGAAUACCAUCUUAACCCUCUCUCAGCUGAACAAGGCGACCUAUGAGGCUGUCAAAAUUCUCGAGCCGCAUAUAUGCAUAUGGUUCAUGCGGCAGCAUGGCAUCGACGCAUUCGACCCGGUCCUCACCAUGAGCCCAUGGACAGGAGAGCAAAUACCGUUGACGAUUCACACCCUUGUCAGAUUUCUUCACCGGCACAAGACUGCCAGAGAUUUGUCACGACAUUUAGUGCCCUCUGUAUGGGGUCCCUUCUGCGAGGCAGACACAACAGAGAUGGAUUUCGAAGCGGAACUACGUCUGGCGCAACGUCUGGAACGAGGCUUGCACGUUCUGUUUCACAUGGCGGAUAUCGCUCGGGACACGGAGCGACUCAAGCCUUCCAAGGAACCCCUGGCUCCGGUAGUCAGUGGCCGCCUCUUUGUUCUAGGAAAGAUGCUGGACGAGUACGACGAGCUUCCACCGCAGAGACGAAAGAUUAUGACCUUUGAAGAAUAUACCAACCAUGUGUACGCAGUGUUGAAAUGGGGCUAUAUAGAAGCCGACAUUGGCAGACGACGACUCGAGUUCCGAGGCUGGCUUGACGAACAGACCGAGGUCGACUUCCACGCCGCCCUACGGAUGUUGCGGGAGCUCAUGGAACGCAUGCUCCUCCGCCACGGGCCCAAGGACUGGCACCGGGACGCAAGAAACGAAUACAGCGUCAUCUCGUGGUUCAUUCUGAAGCAGCCACCGCGAUCACUGGCGAAGCUGUUUUUGGAUCCGCAGAAUGAAUGCUGUGAGCUGGACGUGAAGAGUACUGAUUGCGGAGCUAGGAAGUGCCAUUUCUCAGACCCGCUGGACAAUUACUGGAAGGCUUGGAAGAAUGUCCCCGACCUCGGCUGCCAGGACUGUGACUGCAAGCGACGCGUCCGAAGCUGGAGUGUCAAGCCUGCCCUGAUUGAUGCCCGAGGACGCGAGUUCAACCGGUUCGCGGAAAGAUAUCUCAGAGAAAUGUGGGGCCAGCGACACGUCGGCCUCCAUCGUGCAUUUACUUUGGGGGUUUUCAGCGCGGUGAUAGGGUAGCAGGGAGUUGCAUCAUGUGUAUGAUUUGUUCGAUCAGUCUGCUAUCAGGUAGCACGAGAAUGCCACUAUAGUACCAGGUGUUGACGGCGUUCGCUAUGAUAGACACUAUCACUAGCAGAGAUUUCCAAAUUGAUAUCUUAGG